CAAACUAUGGCAAAAAAACAAACCCUCUGAAAUGCCUCACGAGCAUGAGAACGUCUGCGCGGGCGGAAAGGAAGCCGUGGAGGCAACCUGUUGCUUUGCCUGGAAGUGGAGGGAACAUUUCCCGGCAGCCACUCCACGCAUGGCAACAACGCACACCCACAUCUUGCAUGCCCAUCCCCAAGAAGACCCCGCCGACACACACACAUACUCACACGCGAGUGCUUUCUGCGUUGCGCUUGCACCCGCUUGCAGGACUUUGAGCACAUUCUGGAGAAGAGGCCUCGUUUCUUUUUGGGAAGGACAAAUGGCCAAUUCCGGUAUUCAACUUUUGGGAUUCUUCAUGUCGCUGACUGGCAUCGUGGGCCUGAUCAUCGGGACCGUUCUGCCCCAGUGGAAGAUGUCCGCCUAUAUCGGGGACAACAUCAUCACGGCCGUGGCCAUGUACCAGGGAUUGUGGAUGUCGUGCGCCUUCCAGAGUACGGGACAGCUCCAGUGCAAGAUCUACGAUUCCAUCCUGCAGCUUGACAGUUCCCUUCAGGCCACCCGGGCACUGAUGAUCGUGGGCAUCAUCGUGUCCGUGGCGGGCCUGGGCGUGGCCUGCGUGGGCAUGAAGUGCACCACCUGCGGAGGGAGCGACAAGCUCCGCAAGGCCCGCGUGGCCAUGACGGGCGGCAUCAUCCUGUUAGUGGGAGGGCUGUGCGCCAUCGUGGCUUGCUCCUGGUUCGCUCACAACGUCAUCCGGGCCUUCUACAACCCCUACACUCCUGUCAACACCAAGUUUGAGUUCGGCGCCGCCAUCUUCAUCGCGUGGGGCGGUUCCCUCCUGGUCGUCCUGGGCGGGGCCACGUUGGCCGCCUCUUGUCCGCGAAAGAAGCAGGUGUCCAAGUACCCGUCGGUGGCGAGUUCCCGCUCCGGGCCUGCGAGCAGCAACAAGGAAUACGUCUGAAUGUCCGUCACUUGUUCUUCUUCUACAAAGAUCUCCCGGUGAACCCCAAAAAGUGGGGCUUUCUGUUGUUUGUGCAUUGAAUGACGCAGCAUUGUGCUAUUCGCAAUGACUGUACAUUGUAAGAAACAGGCGGGCCUACAGGCAGCUUCAACGUCGCCGACGGUUUCCGAAGACUCGCGCACGCUUGCUUCGUAGUCACGCAGAUGCCUUUCACACUAUUUAUUUGGCCAAUUGUAGAUUCCAGACUUGUAGAUUUAGGUCUUAUUCUGUUGUUGUUGUUUUUAAUACGAGGCAUACUCUGUAGCUGAUAAUAUGCAGAAAUAAAGACAUUGUAACAUU